AUGGUGCUAAUUAACAACUUAAUAGGAAGCUUUGGCAGGUAUCAAUUAUGCCUGUGCCUAAUGGUGUUCGCCAGUAAAUUCGGAGUGGCGUUUCAUCAAAUGGCGAUACUCUAUUUGGCACCACCUUCGCCUUACACCUGUCCCGACAACCAAAGCUGCUGUGAAAAUCCCAUCUUUGACAAGAGAGACUUUACAAGGACCAUCAUUACCGAGUGGAAAUUAAUUUGCGAAAAGGCGUGGCUAAAGGACUUUACUCAAACGCUGUUUCAAUUCGGUGUUUUAAGCGGAAGUUUCUUAUUUGGUGUCGCGUCUGACAGAUAUGGAAGACGUCCAACAUUAUUAGCUGCUGUUGUACUAGAACUAUUUUUUGGAGUUGUGUCAUCAUUUCUUCCGGACUACUGGAGUUUUACGAUCGCGCGAAUGUUUCUCGGAAUCUCUGUUGGAGGAAUCAUGGUGGUGGGCUUUGUACUAGUCCUGGAGUAUGUGGGUGGCGCGUACAGAGAUGCCAUAUCAGCCCUCUUCCACAUUCCCUUUACACUGGGCCACAUCCUUCUCGCACUCUUCGGUUAUCUAAUAAGAGACUAUGCGAUCUUUCAAUUGGGUAUAUCGCUGGCAAAUAUGCUUCUUGUCGUAUACGUUUGCAUUCUACCAGAAUCACUAAGAUGGCUUCUAGCAGUAAAGAAGACCAACGAAGCAAUAAUGCUUAUAGAGCAUGUAGCAAAAAUUAAUAAGCUGCCCACUGAAGACAUUGAACGUCAGAUUCAACUAUAUUAUAUGGAAAAUCUUAGAACAGGACACAGAAAGGGGACAGUUAUUGAUUUAUUUCGCACACCAAAUCUGAGAAAGCAUAUCAUGCUAAUGUCGUUUAUCUGGUUCGUCUGCAGCUACUCCUUUUAUGGGAUGACACAUUACAUCAGCCACCUCACUGGAAACGUUCAUAUAAAUGUGAUUGCGUGUGGACUCGUCUGUCUCUGCGCCUGUUUAAUUGCAAUACCUCUUAUCAAAAUUGCCAAACGAAGAACCUUAGUGAUAAUUCCAAAUAUACUCUCCAGUUUGUGUUUUAUAUUAAUUAUGUUUGUUCCAGAAAAUAUUGGGUCUCUAAUAAUGGGUUGUGGGGGAGUUUUGUGCAGUUUUUUAGUGUUUAUUGUUAUUUAUCUCUACUGCUCGGAAAUCUUUCCGACGAUAGUGCGCAAUGCUGCAAUAGGUAUCACGUCUAUGAUGGCUCGAUUAGGUGCUAUGGUCGCGCCGUUUGCAGCCGCUCUUAGACCAUUUGGCCCGUGGUGUGCUCCUCUUGCAUUUAGUUUUUUACCACUGAUCGCGGCACUGCUUUGCUUAUUUUUACCGGAGACCAAGAACUGCGAUUUACUGAUGACGUUACAAGAGGGGGAAGAUCUUGGAUCAAGAAGAACUACUGAAACGAUUACAGAAGAAACAAGUUAA